GGCGGGGUGGUUGCUAAGGCUGAAGUGUCUCUAGCUGCCUGAGACAGAGACCCAGAGGAGGCUACACUUCACUCUGCGCUGACACAGCUGACCUGAACAGGUUAAAUAUCUGAGCAAAUAUCAGCAUCAUGUCACAAGCGGUUGACAGGAACAAGGUGUUCAAAACCACCAGGGUGCGGACUUCACUGAAGAAUGAUGAGUGUUGGAUCCAGAGGGCAAAACAGGAAAAGAAAGAGGAAGAACAAGCAAGUACCGACCAGGCUGUGGAGAGCAGACCCUCUCCGGACAGACUGAGCUCAUACGUCCUGUCCACAGUUAAGAGAUUUGAAGCAGUAGACUCUCCACCGAGCACUACCCUCCAAACGGCUCCAUCUGAAGGCGAUUCAGCAAAUCAUGCAAAUGGUGAAGUUAUUCCCCCAAAAGAUGCUCAGCCUGAGGGGUCAACAGUGGGGCCCACAGACGAUGCAAAGACCCAAGCACCCACUGAAGAACUGAAUGUUGAGGCACAAGUAGAAACAUCAGUUGCCAACACAAAUGCAGAAAACAAGGAAGAAAAUGCUGCAGAGAACAAGGCAAAUGUAGAACCAAUUGAUGUUGUUGCGGAGCUUCAUUUUGCAGAACGUAUCCAAAUUGAUGAAGCCCUAACAGUUUCUUCAACACAGGAAAUUCCAGAGGCAGUGUCUGAUGUGAAGACAGCUGAGCAAUCAGUUGCCAAUGCAACUGCAAUCAAGGAAGAUCAAUCUGAUGCAACAAUUGAGCAGCCAAAAAUAGAACUCGAUGAGCCCAGGGUGGCUACAGAUGGGCCUGCUGUUACAGAUGCAGCAGGAGAAGAGUCUCCUAUCCAAGUCAGUGUUGAAACAGUCCCUGACUUAGUGUCCGCUCAACCUGCUGCUGAAAUGGCUACAGAGGGAAGUUGUGACAAAGGUUCCCAGGAACCGGCUGCAGUAGAAGUUGUGGCUGAGGCUGCUGUGGAGUCUUCACCUGAGGCGCCUGCUGUUACAGAUGCAGCAGGAGAAGAGAGUGUUACCCAAGUCAGCGUGAAAACUGUCCCUGACUUAGUGGCAGAAUCUGUUUCUGAAGUGCCGGCUCAAUCUGCUGCUGAAACAGAACAGGCGGCAGUAGAAGUUGUUGAAACUGUAACUGAGGCGGCAGUAGAAGUUGUUGAAACUGUAACUGAGGCAGCAGUAGAAGUUGUUGAAACUGUAACUGAAGUGUCACCAUCUGACACGAGUGACGUGGUUAAUGCAACACCAGGAGAAGUGGCUGCUGUCCAAGAUAUUGUUGAGGCUGUAGCUGAGGUUGCUGUGGAGUCAUCACCUGAGUCCCCUGCUGUGACCAUUGUGGCAGGAACAGAGGCUCCUCUCCAAGUCAGUGUUGAACAAGUUCCUGAUUUAGUGGCUGAAUCUGUAGCUGACGUGCCGGUGCAACCUGCUGCUGAAACUGCUACAGAGGGAGGUUAUGAGAAGGCAUCCCAAGAACAGGCUGCAGUAGAAGUUGUUGAAGUUGUGGUUGAGGUUGUUGUGGAGUCAUCUCCUGAGACACCUGCUGUGACAUUAGCCGCAGAAACAGAGGCUCCUCUCCAAGUCAGUGUUGAACAAGUCCCUGACGUAGUGGCAGAUACUGUUUCUGAAUCUCCUACGAAAGCUGAAACUGCAGUCAAGUCUGUAGAGUGUGAGGUCAAGUCUGCACCCUCAGCAGAGACUGUUUUGGAGACCAAAGCCGAACAGGUAGCUGAAGUCCAGACUGUUGAUAACACUGUUGUCGAGCAAAUAGUUGAACCGACACCUGAGAAAGCAGCAGAUCUUGUGACGGAGUUGAACAUCGAGGAUGCUCUUCUUGAACCUGUACCAGCUUUAGAAGACGUUCAGGAUAAGUCCUCUGACAUUGAACAGUCAAAGGCAUUGGACGUGGAGCCCCCCAAAACUGAAGCUGCACCCGAGCCUCAAGAUGAUCCUAAACCUGCCGACCAGAACCAAAACUCCUAUGAGGCCAACAGGAAUACCAAUGUUUGUUCAUACUGUGACAAAUUCAUUGAUGGAAAUGUGAAGUUCUUCCUCAAUGAACUUGUGAUGACCUGCCACCCCGACUGUCUAAAGUGUGGCGUGUGUGCUAUGGCCCUGGGAGAUUUGCUGACCGCCAUUUUCUUGCACGGCCAAGUGAUCCACUGUGGUGGCUGCUUUCAUAAAACUUUCAUGAUCUGAAGCCUAACUUGGAGAAGAAGUGAUUGAUAUGCUGUUUUUUUUUUUUUAACCAAUUUACCUUCUGAAAGUUUAUUUAAGACAUAGUUUAUUGUUAGAAUGUAAGAGUUCCGUAAUGAUUUUUGGCAGCAUGUUACUUUUAAACUGUAUACUCCGGUUAUCUAGGCCCUUUUUGUUUUGUUUUAUGUAUACAUGUCACACUGUAGGACUGCGGGAAACUAUAUUUCGAGAUUUCUGGAUGUAUAACACAUGUAGAAUGUUUGACAAUAAAGCUGACUUUGACUUUGACUUUUAGUAGAAAUAACCAAAGAUGCUUGCCUAAAAUACAAUCAACAUAAAAUAUUUGUAUUGCGUCAAACUGUAUAUGAUUGAAUAAAAUCACAUUUAACUGUC